GCAGCUUUAGAUGUGUGUUCUGUAUGGUCAGGUGAUCAAAAUGCCAUAAAAAGCUUUACAAAACUGUUUUAUUUUAACAAAAAACACACGACGCAACAUUAAAAUGUGGUUUUACGAAUUAUAUUUGGAUGUUUAUAACUAAAUAUAUUGCGUGAUGUCAUGGGGACUCAAAUGACACCAAACUGUAGGAAUGACCUAGCUCACUUACUGGUGCGGUGAAUGUAUGGAAUUGACAGUCCUUGACAAUUUUAUGGCGCAUUUUGAUCCCCAUACACACAUCACGAAAUUCCUUCGCGUUCCGAUCGUGUUUUUCCGUAGCCUAUCGUGUGACGUCAUAGCAGCAGCAGGGCCAGUCGGUCUGGUCUGGUGAAGCCGCGGACUCGGAGGAUCAAAGCACCGAUGAGCUGGUUUUUUCACCAUAAAUUUGAUUGAGGAAAAAACACCGUGCACGGAGGUCGUUUCAGGAAUGGAAGGACAUCCUUUCCCCGACCAAGACCAGCUUCUUUGGGUUGUGAGGAGGCUCAAGGAGGUUUUCGACGUGUGUGAUGAGGAUGCUGACGGCUUCAUCCGGGUCGAGCACUUGGUGGACCUCGGACUUCAGUUCGGUCAAGGAGAAGAGGUAAAGAAGUUGACCAAACAUCUGUGUCCUAAUGCUCAUGGGAUAAUUAACUUUAAAGAGUUUUGCCGUGCUCUGUUUGCCAUAAAAGGCUGCGAGGAGAUCCUAAAGAUGGCUGUAAUUCCUCGGCCGCAUGCCCACCACCAGUCUGUCACAGACAACGGCUAUAUUUACCAGAAUAAUCAAGCAAAGGUUGGCCCUCCAGUCAUUGCACUAGCACAGUCUUACCCGGAGUGCAGGGCGUGCACCUCGGGCCGUGGAGCUGACGCAGAGUGUGACAUGGACAGCUGCAGUGAAAAAACCAACAGCUCCAACUCCAUGACCAAAGCACAGCAAGCCAGAAAUCCAGUUGGGUCUGCCUCUGCCAUUGCUGGGGAGGAGCAGUUUGAGGACUAUGGGGAGGGGGUGGAUGUGGAUUUUACUCCCAACAGCUCUUGCCCUGAAGAGGACAAUGGGACAAAUGGCCUCUCAGAGUUGCACCCCUCACUUCCCUCCAGUGCCAAGCAGACUCCACAAAAGAUGCAGCAGAUGUAUCACAGCGACUUACUGGACAUCUAUUGCUCUCAGUGCUGUAAGAAAGUCAAUCUUCUCAAUGACCUGGAGGCUCGACUUAGAAACCUCAAGGCUAACAGUCCCAACAGAAAGAUUACCAGUACAGCAUUUGGACGCCAGCUGUUCCAGGCCAACCAUAGUGUUUUUGGCUCCAGUCAGGGCAGCAGUACAGAAGACUUGUUCACAGACAGCAUUGACUCUUGUGACCUUGACAUCACAGAGAAAGUUAGUUAUCUGGAGAAAAAGGUGACCGAGUUGGAGAGCGACAGUCUUGCCAACAGUGACCUGAAAUCUAAACUCAAACAGGAAAACACGCACCUGUUUCACAGGGUCCAUGAGCUGGAAGAGCAGGUGAAGGACGCAGAGACGAAGGCUGCAGAGACUCUGGAAGAAGAGAACAAGCGGCACCGAGAUACUUACAGCAAACUGGAGAGAGACAGGAACACGGAGAUUGACUUGCUCUGCAGCAGGGUUCAGCAGGUAGAGGAGGAGAACGGAGAGAUGACGUUAAAUGUUCGCAGGCUCAAGUCUCAGUCAGAAAAACUGGACCAGGAGAAGCAGAGAAUGACCGAUAAGCUGGAGGAUACGAGUCUGAGGCUGAAAGAUGAGAUGGAUCUGUACAGAAUGAUCAUGGACAAGCUUUGGCAUGACCGCCAUGAGUUUCAGAAGGAAAAAGAGUCAAUGCAAGAGUUGAUUGAUGAUCUUCGCCGCGAGCUGGAUUAUCUGCAGUUGUUCAAAUUGGAAAUGGAACAUCCUGGAAUGAGCAAGGGGUUGUCUGAGUACAACGCCAAAACACGGGAGAUGGAAAUGGAGCACGAAGUCAAGAGACUGAAACAGGGGAACUUUAAGCUGCGAGACCAGAACGACGACCUCAAUGCUCAAAUCCUCAGUUUGAGUUUGUAUGAAGCUAAGAACUUGUUUUCCUGCCAUACCAAGGUCCAGUGUCUAGCAGCUGAGAUCGACAACGCUUCAAGAGAUGAGCUGGUUGGCGCUUUGAGGAAACAGGAAGAGAUCAACCUGCGUCUGAGGCAAUACAUGGACAAAAUUAUUCUUGCUAUUCUCGAUCACAAUCCUUCUAUCCUGGAGAUUAAGAAUUAAACGUUCCACGCUUGCACUCACGUGGGUAUGAUUGUGUUAAUCUAAAUUAGACAUUUAAUUCAUGGUCAAUGUACAAAAAAAACAUUGUAAAUAGCCUUCAUAUUAUAUAUCACCUUCUAGAGUCCUAGAACCCCCCAAGGUGAUUUACAAUCAUCCACCAAUGCAUGCAGACAUUGAUGAGCCACAAUAGUCAGUUUCCCUGAGGCCAUCUGACAGGAGCAAGACAGCCACAAUGGACGCCACCUGUCCCUCCGACCAGCAACGGCAUGGUGGCUGAAUGGCUAGAUGUGGCUGAAUGGCCAGAUGUGGCUGAAUGACCAACAUGGUGGCUGAAUAACCAGAUGUGGCUGAAUGGCCAGAUAUGGCUGAAUGACCAACAUGGUGGCUGAAUGACCAGAUGUGGCUGAAUGACCAGCAUGGUGGCUGAAUGACCAGAUGUGGCUGAAUGACCAGAUGUGGCUGAAUGACCAACAUGGUGGCUGAAUGACCAGAUUUGGCUGAAUGACCAACAUGGUGGCUGAAUGACCAGAUGUGGCUGAAUGGCCAGAUGUGGCUGAAUGACCAACAUGGUGGCUGAAUGACCAGAUUUGGCUGAAUGACCAACAUGGUGGCUGAAUGACCAGAUGUGGCUGAAUGACCAGCAUGGUGGCUGAAUGACCAGCAUGGUGGCUGAAUGGCCAGAUGUGGCUGAAUGGCCAGCAUGGUGGCUGAAUGACCAGAUGUGGCUGAAUGACCAACAUGGUGGCUGAAUGACCAGAUGUGGCUGAAUGACCAACAUGGUGGCUGAAUGACCAGAUGUGGCUGAAUGACCAGAUGUGGCUGAAUGACCAGCAUGGUGGCUGAAUGACCAGAUGUGGCUGAAUGACCAACAUGGUGGCUGAAUGACCAGAUGUGGCUGAAUGACCAGCAUGGUGGCUGAAUGACCAGCAUGGUGGCUGAAUGACCAGAUGUGGCUGAAUGACCAACAUGGUGGCUGAAUGACCAACAUGGUGGCUGAAUGACCAGCAUGGUGGCUGAAUGACCAGAUGUGGCUGAAUGACCAACAUGGUGGCUGAAUGACCAACAUGGUGGCUGAAUGACCAGCAUGGUGGCUGAAUGGCCAGAUGUGGCUGAUUGGCCAGAUGUGACUGAAUGACCAGAUUUGGCUGAAUGGCCAGAUGUGGCUGAUUGGCCAGAUGUGACUGAAUGACCAGAUUUGGCUGAAUGGCCAGAUGUGACUGAAUGGCCAGCAUGGUGGCUGAAUGGCCAGAUGUGGCUGAAUGACCAACAUGGUGGCUGAAUGACCAGAUGUGGCUGAAUGGCCAGAUGUGGCUGAUUGGCCAGAUGUGACUGAUUGGCCAGAUGUGACUGAAUGACCAGAUUUGGCUGAAUGGCCAGAUGUGGCUGAUUGGCCAGAUGUGACUGAAUGACCAGAUUUGGCUGAAUGGCCAGAUGUGACUGAAUGACCAGAUGUGGCUGAAUGGCCAGAUGUGACUGAAUGGCCAGCAUGGUGGCUGAAUGACCAGAUGUGGCUGAAUGGCCAGAUGUGGCUGAAUGGCCAGAUGUGACUGAUUGGCCAGAUGUGACUGAAUGACCAGAUUUGGCUGAAUGGCCAGAUGUGGCUGAUUGGCCAGAUGUGACUGAAUGACCAGAUUUGGCUGAAUGGCCAGAUGUGACUGAAUGACCAGAUGUGGCUGAAUGGCCAGAUGUGACUGAAUGGCCAGCAUGGUGGCUGAAUGACCAGAUGUGGCUGAAUGGCCAGAUGUGGCUGAAUGGCCAGAUGAGGCUGAAUGACCAGAUGUGGCUGAAUGGCCAGCAUGGUGGCUGAAUGACCAGAUGUGGCUGAAUGACCAGCAUGGUGGCUGAAUGGCCAGAUGUGGCUGAAUGGCCAGAUGUGGCUGAAUGACCAGAUGUGGCUGAAUGGCCAGCAUGGUGGCUGAAUGACCAGAUGUGGCUGAAUGACCAGAUGUGGCUGAAUGACCAGAUGUGGCUGAAUGGCCAGCAUGGUGGCUGAAUGACCAGAUGUGGCUGAAUGACCAGCAUGGUGGCUGAAUGGCCAGAUGUGGCUGAAUGACCAGAUGUGGCUGAAUGACCAGAUGUGGCUGAAUGGCCAGCAUGGUGGCUGAAUGACCAGAUGUGGCUGAAUGACCAGCAUGGUGGCUGAAUGGCCAGAUGUGGCUGAAUGGCCAGAUGUGGCUGAAUGACCAGAUGUGGCUGAAUGGCCAGCAUGGUGGCUGAAUGACCAGAUGUGGCUGAAUGGCCAGAUGUGGCUGAAUGACCAGAUGUGGCUGAAUGGCCAGCAUGGUGGCUGAAUGACCAGAUGUGGCUGAAUGACCAGCAUGGUGGCUGAAUGGCCAGAUGUGGCUGAAUGGCCAGAUGUGGCUGAAUGACCAGAUGUGGCUGAAUGGCCAGCAUGGUGGCUGAAUGACCAGAUGUGGCUGAAUGGCCAGAUGUGGCUGAAUGACCAGAUGUGGCUGAAUGGCCAGCAUGGUGGCUGAAUGACCAGAUGUGGCUGAAACGAUGUUCCAGCACUUUUUAAUAAUCGUGAAUCACUUUGCAUCUGAUUAUCGAGUCUGGUGUUGUUUUAGUGAAUCUUAUCUGAUGAUGUUCAGUCAUCUGGAUGACGGUGGCAGAGGAGUUUAGUUCCUGCCCAUGACUGAAAGGUUGCUGGUUCUAACCCUGUCUGUUGCUGUCCUUGUGUCCUUGGGCAAGACACUUCCACCUGCUGGUGGUGGUCGGAGGGACCGGUGGUGCCUGUUAAUGGCAGCAUAUCUGUGUCGGUGUGCCCCAGGGCGGCUGUGGUUACAGUGUAGCUCAUCAUCAUCAGCGUGUGAAUGGAUGAAUGACCGUUAUGUUGUGAAGCUCGCCCCGUAAUCGGGAGGUUGCAGGUUCAAGCCCCACUCAGUCUGUCGCUGUCGUUGGGCAAGACACUUUCCUUCGUGCCUGCUGGUGGUGGUCUGAAGAACCGGCGGCACCAGCGCUCUGCAGCCUCGCCUUUGUCAGUGCGCCCCAGGACAGCUGUAGCUACACUGUAGCUCAUCACCACCAGGGUAUGAAUGUGUGUGUGUGUGUGUGUGUGUGUGUGUGUGUGUGUGUGUGUGUGUGUGUGUGUGUGUGUGACUGACUGUAUUGUAAAGCGCCAGGACUCUAGAAGGUGCUGUUUCAAAUACAGGCCAUUUACCAUUUAUAAAGCACCUUGGGGGGUUCUAGGACUAGAGAAAGCACUCAGAAAACACAGAACAUUCACCAUUUUUGCCGUAACAUUUUUGUUGUUAUUCAAACUUAAUGUACAGGAAAAAAUGCAGACGUGUAUUUAAUUUUAUUUUUUGAGUUACUGCAAUUAUUCCUGUUUGUCUUACUUCUUACUAAGUCGUAAUACUUCACACAGGGUAUCCGCGGGUCCUUAAGUCUUAAGUCUUAAAUUGGCUUUUCCAAAUUUAAGGCCUUAAAAAUCCUUAAAAAUGACAAAUAAUCCUUAAAUACAGUUUCCAAAGGUCUUAAAUUACCAAAGACCCAAUUAACAACUCUUUUAUUUCUAAAAUUUUUUUUGUGAAUUUCUAGUUUGUGUUCAGCAUUUUUUGUGUAUGACAUUUGCAUAAGUGGAACCGUACACAUUCAGUUGGUUGUGAAAAGGGGCUAUUUUUAGAUGAGCACAUUAGCUGGUUAAGCUAUUGGGAGCUUGCGCCAUGGGGAAGUGCAAGUUUAAUGGUAACUGGAUGGCUAAUCCCACGUUCGCAACGUGGUUAGCACCGGUUCCAGGCAAUAGCUGGAAAUUAUAGCUUAAAUUUAAUUGAAAAAAAAAAAAGCUUAUAUUUGGUCAAAGUGGCCUUAAAAAAGGUCUUAAAAAGUCUUAAAUUUGGCUCACUUAAACCUGCAGAUACCCUGUUCACAUUAAAACCUGCUCCUCGUUUUAAGAUAAAUAACAAAGACUGUACUGCUCACUGACAUUUCUCUAAGUACAGCUGAUACAAGACCCAGUAAACAUGUUUACAGGAUUUUAUUAAGGAAAAUCAGAAAUGCUCAUCUUGUAUUUGAGGUAGAUUGAUUCCAGUCUGUAUAGUUUCCUAAGACUUGGUGAAUCUUUCUUGAUGAACAGAAUGUUUUUACUUGAAAAGUUUCCACACAUUAGCAAACACUUAAGAUGUAAACGAUGUGAAACAGUGAACCACAGCAUCGCUGAGUGUGUGACGUGGAGCCUUAUAGGAGUAGCUCGAGCUCUUCUGUUGUCUUGUCUGUGGAUAAAUCAACAUUUAUGAGUAUUUGCAUGUUAAAUGAAGCAUUCUGAUGUUCAGUUAAAACGGACAUUCACAUCAUUAACUGUGAUUAUAAUGCAGAUGUGUCUCAAAAUGUGCCAACAAUACUUGCCAAAAUCAUUUCUUUAUUUGUGGACAUGUUGUUACAAGUUAAAGAAUAAACAGGAUCUUUAUACAGGAGCUGGAUGGCUGAUUCCAUGUUAUACAAGAAUAAAGACUGCAACCAUCAA